AUGAGCUGGUUUCCCAUUGGGCCAGACGAUUCUGGCGGCUGGCGUCUCGACAUUGUCGGUCUGCUAGCUGUUACUGGCGAAUCUUUCAUACAUGAUCAGGCCGAGGCCAUUACGUCCUCUGCGACAUGUCUUCUUCCUCGUCUGAUGCCGGCCCCCCAAGCGCUUAUGAGAGCACGCCGGCCUGUGGCGCUGGAAUCUGAGACUGCCAAGGUCUGCGGCGUAUACUCAGGCGUCACGAUGGAUACACUGGGCUUUUUCGCCAAUCUCAUACACCCACUGGAUGAGUUGGCGCCAUUCUCUUUCAAGGUUCUGAGAAUUGUUUACACUGCGGACCUAGUGCCAGUAAGGCGAGGAGAAGCCGUCGACGACCUGGACAACGGCGGCGAAACCCCCAGACUCCGUCGCGCGAAGACAGUCCACGGGGCGUUGUCAAACUUUACGUCAAACUCCCCUUUAUUUGAAAGUGCGAACAAGGAUGUUGGAGCAGUCCUGUACUCGCCGUUGAACAUUGUUGCGUUUUCUAGUUUUCUGCUCACCAUUGGCCUCGUCGGCGCCGCAGCCUACUGGAAUGAUGGAACUGCGUUGCUCGGCAUGGCAUUGAUUAGUCUAUCCACCAGUAUCAUUGGAUGGGCCGGAUGGUGGCGCACCAAUAUCAGAUCUCGGCGGUCUUUUUCCAAGGUCCCUGAUGGGGACGUGGUCAUAAGAUCACGCGAAGGUGCGUUUAUUCUGGUCAAGUGCUCCGAAGCAAUCGCGCGCGAGCUCUACGCUGGGAUCCAAGAGUGCCAUCAUCGAAUACAGGCUCGCGCAUACCGCAUUUUUAUGAUGAUCGGCGCUCUAUGCAUUAUGCCAGCGGUAGUUCUAUUUGGCAAUUGUACUUUUAACAUGCAGAUCCUGGUCGGAGCGUCGUAUAUGAUUUUGAACCUCGUCUACUGGUUGAUUGGUAUCCUACCUAGGCGUUAUCACUGGGAUUUAAGCAGAUACACAGUUGAGGAUAUCACACCAGACGACGCCCGUAACGCCCACACAGUCACAGAUGAGAAUGAUCCACAUGAGGGUAUGCGAUCUUUCACAAGGACCUUGUGGUUUGUCAUUCGUGAGACGAAGAGGACCGCGUGGGUAGUGCGCAGUGGAUCAGCACCGAGUACUCCGCAGUGGAGGGCAUGGCUUGAUGAGGCCGAGAGUGCAGCAUACAAAACCGAUCGGAAAUGGCGGGCUGUAAGAAGGAAAGACGAAACAAUGGUCAUGUCCAGUGAGGAGUUGUCGCGAGCCCAGACGACUCACGGUAAUUAG